UUAUUCGUGUUGGAGACCGCGGCGGGGACGGACGUGUCGCUCGGGCGGAGGCGAUAUAAGGAGACGAGUUCGAUGGUAGACUGUAGGGCGUUGUGCUUGUGUUAAUAUAAAAUAUACUGUGCUCUGAUCACGGACGUAUGCGGUGAUAUAACCGGGCUGUGACGGCGCCAUGGGCAAUUCCUGCAGCUCUGGUCAAGCCCACAAAGACAAGGAUAGCAUCUCGCAGCACUCGGAAGAACCUAACUGCUGCGCGCGCAGGUCCCCAUCGUACCGGGUGACCAAGCCGUCCUUGGAUGCGGAGGCGCCCCAGGAGCUCUUGGAACCUGUGCCCUCGUUCAAGGACAAAAAACCACAACUGAAAGGCCCUCGCCCGCCUGUCGGCUCGAGUGUAUCAGAUUCCAUAUCGCUGUCUUCGCCGGUAGCUUGCGCGUCACCUCGUGAGGAUGUGGUGGGUCCCCCCAUACCAGCUAACGUGGCUGCCCUGCCUGAAGAACAGCGUUCCUACCUGCUGGGGCGGAUUCCCUCACAGCGGACCAGACGUCGGAAGGCCAUGAUUAUAUACGUCUGUGCUGCUGACUCCCAAGAUUGUUGCACAGAGAAAGGUGCACUCCAUUGCGCUGUGGCUGCUCGUCUCCGUGUGCGAGCUCGUCGCCGCGGUUGGCGUGUCCAUGUAGCUGAUCUUCAUUGGCGCUCACCGCUUGAACAACAAAGAGACCAUCGCUUCCCUGUUUUGUGUAUCGCUGAACUAGCUCGUCAAUCUGAACUGGGGGCUGUCGUGCCAGUUCUCUUCUUGAACACGAGUCUUGGCACUCCGCUGCUUCCCCACACCCUGGAAUGCGCUGAUUUUAAAGCGGCAUUGGAAACCGCCGAAGACGAAAAUGAUAAAGCAUUGUUGAACAAAUGGUACACUCUAGACAGCAGCACGACACCUCCUUGUUAUCGCCUCGCCCGUGGUGCUCCAGCUCGCUGGAGACGAGACAUGGCUCGUGCCCUCAGCGUUCUAGUCAGAACACUACCACAGGAGGCCUGCGACGCCUAUCUCACUACUGUACUAGAACAGGAGGUCCAGCACACGGUGUUGAUGAGUUCGGACGCGGCUCGUCGUUGUGUGUGGGUCUGUCGAGGCGGGGAUGUGUCCCAGAACAACGAUCCUGAUGCUGAACACACCCGCGAGUUACAGAGACGACUCGCUAACUUACACAAAGAUCUCAAGAUUCAUUUGAGCGAGCGUAAUAUAAUUCGUUCAUCAAUGCGUCGCGGCACGAGCCCGGACCAGCACGCAGCAGCCGUCCGCGACGCGCUCGCCGACAGACUGGACGCACUCUUCGACACCCUCGCGGCAGACGCUGACGCCCCCACCGGCUACGGGGGAAUACCCGCCAGCUUGUUCGACGAAAUAAGUGAACAUCUCUCAUUCUGUCAGAAAGUGACUCAAUGUACCUCAAAUCGUGAAAUAACGCUCAAUGAACUCAAAACGUACAUGCGCGGGGAAAGCUCAGUACCGCUGGCGCUGCUGGGUGGUGCCGGCUGCGGCAAGGCCACGCUACUCGCUCGUGCCGCUGCACUGGCGCCAUCUGUGUUACCAGACGUCGCACUCGUUCUAAGGUUCGUAGGUCUGACGUCGCAGUCAAGCAGCUCACACCAGCUUCUAAAGUCGAUAGUGGAUCAGCUGCACGUCCUGCACACCGGCACCGUAUACCGAGGACGUAAUGAGCCGCUGAGCCUGUCGUCAACCCUGGCUCGUCUUCUGGAAGCGGUCGGCCGCACUCGGCCUGUGCUGCUGUGUGUGGCCGGAGCGGACGCCCUGCGUGGAGCGCGCUGGCUGCCCUCCAAACUGCCUGAGAAUGUGAAAAUGAUCGUCACCGUCACUGAAGAAAAAGACGAGCCCUCCAGUUCAGCGAUAAUGGCUGUGCUGUCAUCAGAAGAUGGACCCAAAGUGGUCAGAGCGCCUCCGGUAGGUGCCGAGGAAGCUAAAGCGGUUCUCCUAGCAACUGCUGCAUCAUACAGCAAAACAGGAGCCGGCUCGCCACCUGAAGCCGCAAUCAAAGCCGUUCAGAAAUGCACUCUACCGCUUUAUGCUAAGAUUCUAGCUUGGCAAAUAUCCCUCUCAGCGGAAACCUUCACUGAGCUGUCAGAGCCCGAGACAGCUCCCGAGCUGGUGAUCUGUGAGGAUCUCGAAGGUCAACUGGAACAGAUACUAGUGACGACCGAAGCAGCGCUGGGCGCUGAACGUGUCAGGGCGUGUCUUUCUCUUCUGACAGCAGCGAGACGCGGACUUGAUGACACAGAGAUCUUGGACCUCCUCGCCCAUGACGAACUAUUCAGGAGUGAAGAAACUUAUUUACCGUGGGCCCCGGGAGCCCUGCUAUGGCCGCAGCUGUCUGCCCUUCUCUCCCCCUGGCUGCGUGAGUCUCGCUGGCGUGAUGCGGCGCUGGCGGCCGUCGCUGCUGAACGCUACCAACCUCAAGUUGAACUAGCGAGACGUACACUCGUUGACUAUUUUGAGGGCAAGUGGUUUGUCGAAAACGAACCCAAAAUGGCCGGGCGUCUGGUGUCUCAAGAAAAUAAAUUCUCCGAUGAUUGGUACAAUACAAGAAAGUUCGAUGAGCUCCCAUUCCAGCACUACCACAUCCUGAAGGAGGACCCCGAAGCAUUUGCCGUGAAGCCUUACUUCACACAACUCGAUUGGAUCCAUGACAAACUAGCAGCCACAGACUGCGGGCAUUUCUUAGAAGACAUCGCCCUCGUUCAUAUCGAUCCAUUGCCAGAACAUUUAGAAAUCUUAAAAGAGUUAUUUGUGACACAUUCCUAUGCCCUGGAUUACGACCAUAGACAAUUUUACGGACUCCUCAGAGCCGUCAUGGAGAAAAGACAACGCGAAGGCAUCGAAGUCGAUAGUGAGAUCGUUCAGGACUGGAUGAAAGAAAUCUGGGACCCUCCGAUACCAACCUUCUACCCAGCAAACGAAGAUUUCUGGAAGGUUUUGGAGAAUAAAGAAAAGAGGGACACCUCCAUGGCAGAAGGUUUCGAUAGCAAAUCGUAUGACUUGAUUGUGAGGUUUAAUACAAGAGGCAAAUAUGUUGCUACAGUCUCAACUGAAAGGGAAGAAAUCUGUGUCUGGGAUGUUCUGAGAUGUAAGAUGAUAAGGAAAAUAACGGGGGUCACUCACCCCAUCAACUUGGUGCCGAUCGACGAGUACCGCUGUGUGGUGCUGUGUCGCCGCGAGCUCAGAGUUUAUGAUCUAGACCAGGGAAAAUACCUGGUAGCUCUGAAGGGUGUGAUGAAUCAGAAGAUGCCCUACUACGGGCUGCAUGACGCGAGUCACCUCGUGGCGCUCUCGCGGAACAGAAUGUACGUCAACCUCAUGAACAUAGAGACUGGUGAUUGCGUGACUACGUUUAAGGCGGGUGAGGAUAGAUUCCUGAAUUCUUUGCUCGUUUCUGGUGAUGGAAGGGUGUUAGUUUGCGGUGACGAGACCCAGAAGCCUUUCCCCCUGCUGGUGUGGUCAUUGACCUCUAGGAAGCUGUUGUAUGAUCUCAGAAUACCUCAUCACGACUUCGUUACCUCUAAAGCAGCUAUAACCUAUGAAGGGUCCUACGUGUGUGUGGUGUCCCGGGAGCUAGAUGAGCCGAGCCCCAACUUCAUAGUAGUAUACGACCUGCAGUCUGGGACUUUGUUCAAGAAAUGGAAGCCUGGCUGUGACACCGUGGCGCUGGCUAUCAGCUCCGCGGACGGAUGUGUGGUGUCCGGGCUGGCGGAUACAAGGAUACUUGUGUGGGAUCUUGUAACUGGUAAUUGUCGUUUGACCUUGCGCGGUCACCGCUCGGCUCCUUCUAUGUUGUCCCUGGGUCGUGCGGGGGCCACACUCCUGUCCGCAGACAAGGAGCGACUGGACCGAUCAGUGAGGCUGUGGGACCUUCAUACUGGGAAACUAAUAGCGGUGUACACUCCGCCAGACAGGGUCACGUCGUGCGAGAUCCUCCUCGGUGGAUCUGUGCUGGCCUUGGCCCUUGAAAACUACAAGGAAAUACUGUGCGUUAAGCUCCACGGACCGACCGUGGAAUCCGUUAAGAAUGGCAGAGACGCAGAAUAUGACGACACAGGGUACGGACAGGAAGACAACGAGGGGAAGAUAUUUGAUGUCAGGGGCAUGGAGAACACUUGAUCAUAGCAUAGAAUGGAACCCGUUAGCAAUAAUCGUUGGAAUUAAUAACGUUUUAAUAUCAUUAUAAAGUGUGCUGGUCACAUGUUUUGGGGCAGGCCUCAAAGUUUUGUUAAUGGUGGCGCCACUAGACUAAACUAUAGCAACUUUUUUAACAAUUGUCACGUUAGAAAUCAAAAUCUAUUACUUUUAGUGGCGCUCAUUGUUAAGUUUUACAACAACACAUACUAAUGUUUGUUCAUACGCUUAUUUUCUUUUGUUUCGUUUUAUGAAAGACAAUUUACAAUUGAUCCAGUGAUACGUAAAACAUGAAAAAUAUGUCGAUUCUUAUCUGUGACCAAAUGUCUAGCAACGCCCUUAUUGAGAGAACGUAAACUUUUUAAUGCUCACCUUUAUUAUCUGUAUUUUUUUUCUCUGUUUAUAUUACAUGUCAUAACAACGUUUCCGGUUUAUAGUUCGUCGUUGCAAAUAAGAAUCGGCAUGUUCUAUGACUUGCUCAAUUAUUUUUAUUUCUUUUUGAGGCCUAUAGGGUACAAAUUAAAUAAGCGUUACUUACCGUUUAAAUUUAAAACGCUGCGUGUGGUUUUUGAAUUAUUGUUUUCUUUUUUUAAUAUAUUAACCAAUUUUUUAUUAUUCCUACCAUCACAAAAAAAGAUAUGUCCCAGCUUAUUUCUUUUGAAAAUAUACUAAACCAAUUUUAUGUUGUUUUCACGACAACUGUCAAACUCUUAAUUAUAAUUUUUACUGAUAUAAAUUUUACAUACGUACAUACUGAGCAUUACACCAGCACAAAAAAAAAUUAAGUAGAAUGUGCAUUUGACCGGACCUACCUACGCGUACGUAUUUUGGUCCGCUGAACCCGAAUUUGAGAUCAGUUUGACCUCUACAUCCUCGAAAUUUCUAGAAAACUCCAAAAAAUUAUGAAAAUCGGUCUACUACAAAUCGUAUGUGGAACUCACGCUGAAUCCAAAUUAGUAAUUUGGAUACCAAAACAUUCUUCAUUUGUUUGAUCUUAUCAGAUAACGAUCUUCGAUUCCUUUCCAAAUUGAAUUCUCCACAAAUGUAACAAAAUGAAUCAGAACUUUUAUUACACAGAUGAGAAUUACUUCUCGUAAUAGUAUACUCUCCAGUAGCCAAGUUUCCGGCCUGACCAGACGCCGAUACAGGGCCUCCGACUCCCUGCAUCGUAAAAUACUUAUAACUUGUACCUGCCAUGACGGCACACACGCCGUUAACCGAGGGACACUGCCAGAUGGUUAUGUUGCCCACCGAAUGAAGAAUGUUUUGGUUUCAAAAUUACUAAUUUGGAUUCAGCAUGGGUUCCACAUACGAUUUGUUGUAGACCGAUUUUCAUCAAUUUUACGGUUUUUCGAAGUUUUCUCGAAAUUUCGAGGAUGUAGAGGUCAAACUGACCUCAAAUUCGGAUACAACGGACAAAAAUACGUACCAGUAGGUAGGUCCGAUCAAAUGCACAUUCUACUUAAUUUUUUUCGUGUGCCGGUGUUAUCAACAAAUGUUAAAAAAAUAUGUUGUUUAGAUACAUUUAAUACUUAAACAAUUAAAAAAAUACACACGCAGAGGUUCAUACUGCCACAUAUGUAAAACCUCUAUUGAUAUAAAUACCCUAAAUAAUUGCGCCCAGAUAAUAUUAGUGAAGAUACUAAGUAAUUAAUAAAAAAAACAUCAAUGUUUUUUGAUCUAUUACGCUUAUUAAUUAAAUAAAAAUAAUUAUUAACUAUAAAAUUGUAUUUAGUGAUUUUUUCUGUAAUGUUAAUGUUUUAAAGUAGUUGUUGAAAGAAUACUGUUCAGUUUACCUAACGAAGAGGUGUAAUGAUAAUGCUAUUUCGACGAAAAAAAAAAGUUUUCAACCAAGGAGGUUAAAUUUGAAUGCAUCUUCAUAUUUUAGGUAAACUAAACAUUGUCCGUUAAGUUGAUUGGAGAAGGUAUGUUGGAGUCGUCUUUAUGAGAUACUUAGAGCCUGAUACUAUUAAUCCACGAGCUCACAAUUAUCUAUUUUAUAGUGUGUAUAGUGAAGCACAAUUUAUAGCACAGAAACAAUAAAUGGUCAAAGGGCACAAAAAAUUGAUAAAAAGUGAAAUAUUCAAUGUGCAUUGCGACACCACGCUAUAACAAACAUUUAUGCCAUUAAUUGUCUUCAAUAAAUAGUUAUCCUUAGAUUCCUUAAUUUUUAUCAACCUGUUACAUAAAAACAAUGGUCAUUAUUAAUCCAAUUCAAACGGGUUUUCAAGCGCUCAUAUGUCAAUUCCUUUAAAGAUAUUUCAAAACAGCCGCAUCAGAAAAACACACAUACAUAUAUUUUCUUUUAAUCAUUGCUUGUCACAAAACAUCACUCCAGAUAACUUGCAUGUUACGUAUCAUGUUCCAAGACCAAUUUUAUUAAAUGUUAGAAAAAAACUUUCUUAACUUAUUAAAAAAAAAAUGUAAUUGAAAAUCUAAGAUGGCGCAUGAUGACGCAUUUGUUUUUUAUCUUUAAUUUCAUUGUAGUGUUAUUAACAGGCUGGUCCCUGUACUGAUAUUUUAUUGUAAGAAACCUACCAUUGAGUAGAUUAUAAUUUUAGUGUUAUUAUAAUUGAGGCGAUGUAAUCAAAAGAAUUGUUAAUAUUAUGUAUUCCGGAAUGAUACGUAUAUUGAUGUCCUGAUUAAAUUAUCCUACAAA